AUGCCGCCACUGCAGGUUUUCAGCGAUGCGACUGAUGACUUCUCUGCGCCGCCGGUCGGUUUGGCGGAAAUCAAUGCAUCCGGCCCACGGCGGCGAGACUUCAUCCUCGAAGAGGUUCAGCCGGGCCAAGAAGGGCGGCGUCCGGUUGACAUCCCGAUCCAGUCACCGGGCGAGGCGCAGGCUUUCGCAGCAAACUACGCUGCCGCGUCUCACGUCCCUGUUGAUGUGGACCUUGCGAAAAAUCAGAUAAUCCCCGACGAUCCUGCGGAGACAUCGGGCACCUUCGACGAGAACCCAGAGGAGGAAGUCCAGUACUGGGUGAUGGAGGGGGAUGGCAGUGGACCCAUGGUUGUCCGCCACGAGCAUCAUGUCACCCAUCACCACGACCAUGGUGUUAAUGGUCAUCACCAUCACCAUCAGGAUCAGGCGGACUCUGGUCGUGGAAUGUCGCACUCGGAGCACGAGGAAACCGUGACGCACACGGGAACCCAUGGCCAGGGUGACGGCGGCCAUCUUACAGUGCGACAUCACAUCAUCUCGCAUCAAGUACAGAAUGAGCCUCACCGGCAACGCUAUGUGCCGCCAGCCGAACCACCGGACGACUUACGCCUAUUAGACGAGCCACAGGUCGAGCCCUUGCAGCCAAAGAUCAUCGCUGGCGGCCUUCUUGCCAUCUUUGCUCAGGUUUAUCUCUGGGGCAACGUUUUCGUCACCUUGUUCAAGCCCAACCGUGGCCCGGCGCAGCCAGGAGCCCCUGCAGCUCCGGGUCCUCCGGGUCCUCCGGGUGCUCCGGCUCCUGGUUCUGGUGCUCCGGCACCGGCUCCCGAGGAGUCCGCUGCGCCUGCGCCGCUGGUGCUCUUCGGCGCCGGAGGCACUCUGGGAGACUCUGCGCCAGUAACGCGGCCGUCGCCGACUGCCACCAACACGGCCGCAGCAUCUUCGUCGUCCCCACGCGACAGCUGA